UGGUGCGAGAUAAAACCGCCAAACCUAAAAUUUGUAUUUUCCUCUCUUUUAAGCUACAUGGAUAAGCAAAACAUUCUUUAUUGUGCGCUAGUCCUAAUUCUUCAUCUUAAAAGCGGACUCGCCAACAGUAACCGCUGUCUGGACAAUGACGCUCAGUUGAGGUUCGAGGCGCUACCUGGCCGCGGCUGGGACAACUUGGUCAACAAGGAACAAGACCAGGUGUUCGACCUCAGUUACAUUGACUGCCGCAUCAGUGAGGACAGGAAAUACACGCUUCCAGAUGGUGUUACUCUCAUACCGCGAAAAUCUGCACAAGUGUACACGCAUGCUGAGGUUUUCGAACACUGGGACAAUUAUACAUCAAUAACUGCGAAAUCGAUGAAUGUAGAAGGUGGACUCAAUUUCGAUGUUCCUUUGGAAUAUGGUUUUGGAGUGUCGGUGGAUAUCAGCGGAAAAUAUUCAAGCGACUAUCAAAGCGUCAAAUCUCACCAAAAUGAGGAGAACGCAAUAACUACCCGAGUGCAGCUGCGUUAUCUGCAAUACACAGCUAAACUGGAGCCUGAUGUUCGCUUUACUGAAGCGUUUGCGAAAAGACUCAAUCAGAUAGCAGCAUUUAUUGAGUUUGGUGACUUUGUAAACGCCAGGUAUGAAAGUCAACUGUUAGUUCGAGAUUUUGGAACGCAUGUCAUAACUAGCAUAGACGCCGGCGCCGCACUGGUUAAGACUGAUCAUGUAGACAAAACAUACUACGACCAACAACAGAGUUCGUCGGAGGACAAACGUGUAUCCGUUCGAGCGUCUGCAGGCCUCAGUUUCUUGGGUUUGUUCAAGAUAGGACCAAGUAUUCAUUUCGGAAUUGACACAGAUAACUACCAAAGUAGUGUGUCUUCCUCGGGGUACUUAAGUAAGGUGACAUCAUCUGAAAUAUCUACGAUUGGCGGUCCAGUAUACAGGCCAGACAUGAGCGUAGCAAAUUGGACUGAGAGUUUGGAUAAUAAUAUAGUAGCUUUGGACAGAUCAGGACAACCGCUUUCCAACUUCAUAACAGAAUAUUCUCUGCCACUCGUCAGCUACAAAACUGUCAGACAACUUCAGCGUUUUGUAACGCGAGCGAUUCAGAUUUAUUAUAACAGAAAUACUUAUCGUGGGUGUACACAACGUGAUUCGCCAAACUUCAACUAUUUUGCCAACUUUGAUGAUGGGUCUUGCAAACCGCCGACGACGCAAUUCCAGUUUGGCGGCGUUUAUCAGACUUGCACUGGCGACGGUCAUCUCUGUACUGGUAAGGAAACCAAGAACAUGAAAACAGGAGACUUUACAUGUCCAGUAAAUUAUAAAACUAGUUUGAUCGAUUCUUUUGGAUUAAGUCGAUCAGAUACUCAGGAAGAUUGCCAUCGUUGUUGGGUAUUUUUCAAAUGCUGCAAAUAUUACGAUGUCGGCUAUGUGGCCACUGUUAAAACAUACUGGUGUGCUUCUGAUUCUAUUACUGAACAAGACAAAGGAUACCUCUUUGGUGGAUUUUACUCGGAUGCAAUUUCGAACGUUCAAACGAAGCAACGGAUAUGCCCAACAACUUAUAUUCCAACAAAAAUACUUGAUGACGUUACUAUCUGUCUUAGUGAUGACUAUGAACUUGGAUUUGAAUUUUCAUUACCAUUCGCCGGCUUCUUUUCCUGCAAAUCGAACAAUCCUCUAACCAAAACAAACACGCCUACGUGUCCUACCGGGUUUAGUCAGCACAUUCUAGACGUCAACGACGACUGCGAAAUAUAUUACUGUAUCCAGACAGGAGCUAUGUCAGUUCAAGGACUUCCCCCAGUGAGGAAACUACCAUUCCAGAGGAAACCUCGGCAUCGUGCAAACAAAGAGAACCACAAAGGCGAUAAAAAUGUAACGUACGUCAUCAGUGAAGAUGGAUCGACUUGGACCACCCUCGACAAAGCCAACGAGACAAUGCCAAAAUUACUCAAAGAGCAUGGUUUUGAUAUCAUCAUGACACGAAUGUCUCCAUCAGUACAGAACGUGUCAGAGAUUGCGGAAAUGAGCAUGAUGGUUCCUGCUAGUGCAAUACCUGUAGUGAUAUGUCAGCCCUCUGAAACAACAACCAAAGUCACCAAAACAGAGGCCACAGCCAGACUCGCCUAUUCCGAUCAACAGGUUUCCACAGAGGGAGAAAUCCAAAGAGGUUCCAGCAAUGAAGAUUCGUCGGUUGCUUCUGAUGGAAGUCAGGUUAAUGUGGCUUUUGUUGUAGUUUGCUCCGUUCUUGGAACUCUCUCUUGCGUUGUUAUUGUAGCCGCUAUUGUUUUGAAGAUAAGGCGGAAAUCGACGAGUUACACGCAGAUAUGACUGGUGUGAUUCAUAAUGUAUAUGCAUGACAUAUUACAGUUUUAAGUGAUUUGAUAAUAAUCUAAUAAAAAUAAUUGAACAAUCCAAGGAAUAGCCCAGGAGCCAAACAGUAAUCGAAAAUCAUGUUUAAAGACACAACACUAAGAUUUAACAGGUAUUUAACGUGACACGUACAAUGUACAAAACAGCAUAGGCAUGCCACACAUGCGUCAAAAUAUCUUUAUCAAUAACUUUGGUGCUACCAGCUUGGAACGAACAGAUGACUGGAGUCUAACAUUUGACCAAGCCUUUCGCAAUGAUAAUAUUAAAACUGUCAAUCACAUGUACAAACUAACCUCAAGCAUUCCUUAAAACAGACUUCCCCCGUCAAUGAAUUAAUCAAAACGGAGUAUCAGUGCCUACUCCAAUAAUGAAAUAUAAUAGUCCACAGUUCAAACUCGUGAUAUCAAUAUUGUUGAUUUUUU